AUGACACUCUUCAAUAAAAUCCUAUUCGCCCUCACUUUCUCCACCCCCAAUUCCAUCAAACACCACAUCCACUCCCUCUUCACCCUCCGUGAGUUUCCUAACUCUAUCCUCCCACCCCUCUUCCUCAUAACUGACCACUUCAUCCGCCCCAAUCCCCCUUACCACCUCCCCCUUCUCCCUCCCCCCAACAACAGCAAUCACCCUCGCCCCAACCGCCCUCCCAAUCUGCACCGCCAUAACGCCCAAUCCCCCACUUGCUCCAAGCACCAACACCGUCUCCCCCCUUUCCAACCCCGCCACAUCCAUCAAAGCACCAUAACUCACCGCACCGCUUACCCCAACCGCACAAGCACCAGCAUUACCCCACUGCGCAGGCACUCGGCGUACAUUUCCCUCUGCAACGCAGAUAUCCCCCGCGUAAGCACCAAGUCCGGAGCCGAAGACUGGGGUGCCUGGAGGAAAUAA